CCGCCCGGCGCGUCCCCCGCGCCCCGGCCCGCCGGCGAUGCGGCCCCAGCCCCGCUCCUCCUCCUCCUCCUCCUCCUCCUCGCCGUGCCCCUGAGGGGCCGCCGAGCCGCUCGCCCCCCGCCGCAGCCCCAAACGCCCACGGCGCAGCCAGGAAGGCGGUGAUGGAGCAAGCUUCCCCAAAAUCAGCUAUUGCACAAAAUGGAUCACAUGAGAUUCUCUGAGAAGCCCACAAAGCCCUGCUGUCAGCUCCAGACAUGGUAUAAAUCACAGAGACGUCCCAACGGGUAUAAAUUCCUCAACUGACCAAGCUGCAGCAACAGGGAAACUUCUCAGCCUGGCAGGAGCAGAGAUUUGGAUCCCAGGCAGCAAAACAGCACAGACCCUCAGGCAGAGCCUUGGUUGAACCAUGACCGAGGAGCCUGGGCGGAAGGACAGCGAGCUCGGACACCCCCACUCCAGCAUGGGCUGCGGACACAAGGACGACAAAGCCAGCCUGGCUUCGAGCCAGAUAGCAUCUUUCAGCCACCAGGCCCCCUCCACUCCUGCCUCCAAGGAAGUGUGGAAGAAGGGUGGCCGCAUGUUCUCCAUCCUGCUGGCCGUGCACUUGGCCCUGCUGGCCUGCACGCUGGUGAGCAGUGGGGCUUUCGAGAAGAUCGCUGUGCACGACUACGAUGUCUUCUUCCUGCUGACUGUCAUGAUGCUGAUAGUCAUCAUCUGGAUCAUCUUCUACCUCGCCGGCACCUCCCGGUGCCCGGGUGCCAUCCUCGGCAAGGACUCCCACGCCGGGCCCAUCUGGCUGAGAGGAGGCUUGAUCCUAUUUGCCAUUUUCAGCCUUGUCAUGGAUGUGUUCAAAAUAGGAUAUUACUUGAGCUUCUACAGCUGCCUGUCUGCAAUCAAAAUCAUCUACCCCAUUGUGCAGGCAAUAUUUGUGGUUGUCCAGACAUAUUUCCUGUGGGUCUCUGCCAAAGACUGCAUCCACGUGCACCUGAAUGUUACCAGGUGUGGCUUGAUGCUAACGCUGACUACAAACCUGGCGGUGUGGAUGUCAGCAGUGACAGACGAGUCUGUCCACAAGGCACAUUCAAAGCUGAAGAAAAACAUGACAGAGGAAAUCUUCAGGUGGCUCCUGAAAGUGGGAAUGAGAAGCAGCUCAGUUGAAGAAUGCAAUUGCAACAGCCAAAUCUGCCAGAUCUUCAAGAACGGCUACUUUUGGCUGUACCCCUUUAACAUUGAGUACAGUCUCUUUGCCUCUGCCAUGGUCUAUGUCAUGUGGAAGAAUGUUGGACGCUUCAUAGACCACCACUCCCACCACAUACAGCGCCUGAAGUUCAGGCUCUUCCGAAGGACCUUCUUUGUAGGCAUCAUGUUGGGCCUCAUCAUCCUCGUGAGUGGUCUGGGAGUCCUCAUCCUGUAUGAGGUGCAGGUAAAUUCCAGCACUGAAUCCAGCAAGAAGAGCCAAGCACUCACCAUGUACUACAUCUUCAACAUUGUUUGUCUGAGCCUGAUGUCUCUUGUCUGCAUCGGUGGCUCCGUUGUCUACCGGUUUGACAAGAGGGACAUGGACCGGCACAAGAACCCCACCAGGACCCUGGACGUGGCCCUGCUGAUGGGGGCAGCCUUGGGGCAAUAUGCCAUUUCCUACUACUCCAUUGUGGCCAUCGUGGCCAGCACGCCAAGGGACACUAUCAGCGCGCUCAACCUCACCUACGCCCUCCUAAUGAUCGCCCAGCACACCUUCCAGAACGUCUUCAUCAUCGAGGGCCUCCACCGGCAGCCCCCCAAGGAGGACUACAAGCACGAGUCUCACCAGAAGGACCUCUAUGGGCUCACCUUUGUCAACAUCAACGCCGUGUCCCUGCGGGUGCCCGACACGGGCAGCACCUUGGCCGCCGGUGCGGCAUCUGGCACGGAAGCCAUGCACGCUUCUGACCUCGUGAGGUCCCUCACCGCCCCCAAGAAGAUGAACUGGAGGAGGAAGUUCUUGAGGGAGAUCUCCAUGUUCCUGCUGCUGAGCAAUAUCAUACUCUGGAUCAUGCCAGCGUUCGGUGCCCGGCCCCAGUUUGACAAUGACACAGAACUGAACUUCUAUGGCGAUUCCAUGUGGCCGGCCAUCGUGGACAUUUGCCUGCCCUUUGGGAUCUUCUACCGAAUGCACGCUGUGGCCAGUUUGCUGGAGGUCUACAUCAUGUCCUAAAGAGCUCCCUUGCAAGGAAGAUGAGAUCCUCCUUAAGCAAUCCACCUUCUUCCUACCCCAGGGCUGGGAGGCUGCCCAGAAGUCCCCAGGGGUCCCCAGCACUGCCUGAAUCAUGUCCCCUUGCAGUGUUGGGGCGUUUAUGAACUGUCAGUGAAGAUCAUCCAAACAUAGUUCAGAUUUUAUUUUUGCUACUUAUGUGUGGGUGUGCCUGUGUGUGUCUGAAGUUCUUAAAGCUUAAAAGAGAACAGAUUAAAAAAAAGGAACGUGUCUAGGGCGGGACAUGGUGAUUACCCUUGGUUCAUGCAGAGACUCACCUUCCUGGUAAAGCCUGUUCACUCCGUGCCACCGAUGGACUCUCCAGAGGGUCCUCAGCACCCUUGGGCAGUCGGAGCCUCCCUGCACGCAGAGAGCUGGAGAGUGCAAGGGGCUGACACAGGCCUGGAAGGACAGAAAGGGAAACCACUUCAUCUCCUGGUACGGCCAGUCGGAAAUCACUCCCCUGCAGAGAUGUGAAAAACAAACUGGUAACCACCAAAGGCUUUGGGAACCGUUUUAAUCUUUCCGCUCUGUAUUGCCCGUGUGUAUGGGCCCUCUCGACCCUUCCCUGUGCCAGCCCCUGCCUUCCUCUCCAAGGAGGCACCACUGCAGCCUCCUCUUCCCAAGGAGGGAGAGCUGUGCAUGUGGUCCUGGGCUAGCCCUGAUAUGGGAUUGCUCUAGCACACUUUUUUCUCAGCUUUCCUGAAUCAGGGCUCAAGAAUCAUAAAGAUGAUGUGGGCAGUGGGCAAUACAGUCUUUGGGAUAAUAAAGAGAUUUUUCUUUUUUUUCUUUUUUCUUUUUUUUUUAAUACAUAAUGAUUUUUUUUUUAAAUAUAUGAACAUUUUUGUAUGCAAAGUUAUUUAUUGAUUUUCACUGUAACUGAACUCCUGAAGGGACCCUAUGACACAGAAAUCAAUGCAAUGCCAUGGCCAAUUUGAUCUGCAGUGUCCUGAAGGAUGCUGGUGCUGCACCCUCAAGCCUGUGUGUGCUUUGAGGCUUAGAGCACAGCCCUGCACCCAAGCCCUGGGGCCCUGACUCAGGUUUCUGGGUGCCUGCAGCUCUCCAUGAACCACUGAAUGAUUGAGGGGGCUUUCAGAGCAGGAGUCCUGGGCUGCAGGAGGUAGAAAUGGGCCCCUCUGCUGUACCCAGCAUCCAAGCAGAGCCUCAGAAAGCCCUCGCUGCCAGGACAGGAGGGUGCAUGUCAAACUGGCACAGCUGAGCUCUGUCUGCAUCCUCAAGAAAUCAGGGUUUAACCAUUCCAAUAAAGGGUUUAUUGUUCCAAUAACAAACACUGCAGAGGUGGCAGAAAUCAUCAAGCCUUUUCCUACGGACGUGUGCGCAUCUGCCAAAGUAAAAAUAAUAAAUGGAAAUCAUGGUACUUGAAA